AUGAUGCUCCGCGUCCUUCGCCAGCCGCGCCAAGCGCGCUCCGUCGCCAAGUCCGCCGUGGCGUCCUUCUCGGACGACGCGACCAGCGGCAAGCGCGGCAAGGCCAAGCAGCGCCUCUUCCAGCAGGCCAUGGAGAAGGCGCCCUUGAAGCCGCAGGAGCUUGACGCCGAGUACAGCAAGUACGAGACGGUCAUGGACAACAAGAACGAGCCGGAGAGCGACUACACGCCGCUUAAGGGCCGCGUCGAGAACGAGCUCAUCAUGGCCGAUAAGAGCUGGCCGCUCACGUCCGGUACGGACCUUUUCAUGGACUUGAUCCAGAUCCCGGCGACGCCGUUUGAUAACGAGAAGCGCGCUAUUGUGAACGCCGAGGCCUUCAAGCGCAUGGGCUACACCUCGAUCUGGGACGUCCAGCUGCCCGAGAUCGCGGUCGAAAUCCCGGCCGACCACCCGGACUACGACGCGCUCAUGAUCAUGAAGCAGUCGCUCAUGAACAACGGCCGCAUCAAGAUGGACGACAAGAACGAAAUCAUGGAAAUGCUCUUGGACGAAAUCAACCGCCUGAGCGCAGACACAACCGAGUUGGUGCCUGGCAUCGACCUAGAAGACGACUAA